CAGGGGCACCGCCACCCCACAGCCACUUUGGAGGCAGGCAGGCAGAGGGUGCAGCCGACAUAACUUCCUCUGCUCUCUAGGGAGACUCCUCGCUCCCCCGCCCUCCUCCAUCCAUCCCUCCUCCGUGCCCGGCCCGGGAAGGAGAGCUGCUGCGAUGGGCACAAGGGGAGGACGAGCCCUUUGCCUCUGGUGGUGCCUCUGUGCCAUCCUCGCCCCCCCGCGGGCAGGAGCCCUGACAGUGGAGGACACGGAGGUGGAGCUGGACUUCUUCCAGGAGAGCUUCCCCUCGGAGAAGAUGUCUGGGGAGUUUCUGCAGGACUUUGACGAGGAAGAGCUCCUCCACGUGGACUGGGCCCAGAAGCAGAAUGUCUGGAGGCUGCCGGACUACGCCAGCCGGGUCAGCUUUGAUGUGCAGGGCGCCCUGGCCAACAUGGUGGUCAUGAAGAGGAACAUGGAGAUCCUGAUCCAGCGCAGCAACCGGACGCGGGCCCAGAACGUGGCUCCUUCGUCAACAGUGGUGUACCCUAGAAAUCCUGUGCAACUGGGGGACCCCAACGUCCUCAUCUGCUUCGUGGACCGCUUCUCUCCCCCGGUGCUGAACAUCACCUGGCUGAAGAACAACGAGGUGGUCUCGCAGGGCGUGGAGGAGACUGGCUUCUACCCCAGUGCGGACAACACCUUCCGCAAGUUCUCCUACCUCCCCUUCGUCCCGGAGCAGGGGGACUUCUACGUCUGCCAAGUGGAGCACUGGGGCCUUCCCGAGGGGAGGUUGGAGAAAAUCUGGCAGUCGAAGGAGCCAGCUCUCAUUCCCGAGACAGCGGAGAACGUGCUCUGCGGCCUGGGCUUAUCCAUUGGCAUUCUGGGCAUCGUUGCUGGCCCCAUCAUCUUCAUCAAGGCCAUGAGGAUGAAGGAGGGCAGCAACCGUCGCAGGGGCCCCAUAUAAGCAAGGAGGAGACGGGUGGCCCUUUCCUGACAGUUUCUCCACAGCGCCCUGAAAUGCAUCUCCCAAGACUUUGUUUUUUCAGUCAGCUGGAAGGACCUGCUACCUGCUUGCCCACCUGCUCACCUGGCCUGCUCUGCCCUCCCCAAAGCACCCCACUGGCAUCGAAUGAGCAACAGAGAGUCGGAGGCUGAUGUGGCAUCAGUGGAUCUGGGGAACUCCACGCUGGUGUAUCCCAGCAUCCGCCAAAGGGCUCAGAUAUGCCAUACUUUUAAAAAGAUUGUUUCUGCUUGCCGUAGGGCAGGAUGAGGACCUCUGAGGGGCAUAGUACUGUUACCAUCGAUUAAAAGCCCCUCCCCAACAUCUAAGAUUUUGGUGGGCACACUUUGAAGCUCACAUUUAUAAGAGCAGAAAUGUAUUAGUUUCUACAACAGAAGAUUAAAUGUUUUAGGAUGCUA